AUGAAAAUCAAAGAAAAAUAUAUUUCUUAUAAAUGUAAAACAUUUAUAUGCACUGCAAAUUUCAAUUUUAGUUAUCUUUUAAGGAUAUUUUUCCCACAUCUGAAACGUGAAGAAAAAAAUAAAAUUCCUAUUGUUGAAUCGUUCGAUGAUAUUCACGAAAAACUGAUAAAUGCAUACAAAGAUAUAGGCGUAAAAAUACCUGAUGUAUGUAAAGAAUAUGUAUCAUUAAUGAAUGAUGAUGUAUUUGAUAUAUUUGAAAUAUUUGAUAAAUUAUAUGAUGAUUUUAAAAACUUAAAACAAAAAAAAGGUGAUAAAUGCAAUUACGUUGAAAAAUGUGCCAAAAAAUAUGAGGAGCUUUCAGAAAUAGAUAAAAAAGAGUAUAAGAAUAUUGUUCAGGAAGAAAUUGAUAAUUUUAAACUAAUAUUUCAUGAAUAUUUUUCAAAUGAAGGUACAUGCAAAAUUACUAAUGAAUUAAUGAAUUAUUACUUGAUGAAACCAUCAGAAAACGCGAUCAAAGCAGAAGCAUUAUUAGGAGACACUGCAUCUCCAGUGACGUGGACAAACGCGGGUAUUAUAUUUAUUGCAAUAAUAAUAUUCAUAUUCAUGGUGCAUAAAGUUAAAAAUAAAUUUAAUUAA